AUGACUACUUUACAAGUAUAUGCUCAUAGGUUAGGCGAUCCUAAUUUAGCCACCAAUCUAAAGGUCACUAUUGCUAAUGAAUUAAGAGAUCAAGUAGAGGUUUUUCAAACAGCUGAAUAUCCUAAAUUUCUUUCUACACUUAUACCUGUAUUUCUUGACAUUUUACAAAAUGAACAACCUGUAUUUGUCAGUAAUGCUCCCGAACAAAAAUUGAGAAACAUUAUAUUAGAAAUCAUUUAUCGAUUACCUCAGACCGAAGCAUUAAAAGAAUAUGUGCCCGAGUUAUGCAGAGCAUUAAUGAAGAUUUUACGCGUUGAAAAUGAAGAUAACGCUGUUGUGUGUGUAAAAAUUAUUAUUGACUUGCAUAGAUCAUUUCGACCCAUGUUAGAAGAUCAAGUUCAACCAUUUCUAGAUAUUGUUCAAGAAAUAUUUCAAAAUAUGGAGCAGACAGUUAAAGAUGCAUUUGAUGAUCCUGAUCAAAUAUCAACUCCAUUAUCCGCAGUUUCUCCAAGACCAAUGUCACCAGCAGCGGAUACACCUGAAGUUCCAACAAAAGCAUUACCAAAAAGCAUGUUUAGUUUUAAAGUAUUAACUGAAUGCCCAAUCAUUGUCGUUUUACUUUUUCAAUCUUAUAGACGAGCUGCUGCUGAUAAUAUUAUGAAGUUUGUUCCACUUAUUUUUCAGACUUUAAGCUUGCAGGCCAAACCUCAAAUAGAAGCAGCUAAUAUAGCAAAUGCAAAGGGAGAAGUUUUUAUAGGUGUCAGUCCUGCUAUUAAACAAAGAACUCUUUAUAAUGAAUUUAUUGUAGCUCAAGUAAAAACAAUGUCAUUUCUAGCUUAUAUCUUAAGAAGCUAUACGACACUAUUACGACCUUACCAACAUCAAAUUCCUGAUUUUGUUUUACGAUUAUUAAGAGAAUGUCCAGCUGAAUCAUCUGCAACUCGAAAAGAAUUAUUAGUAGCAACUCGCCAUAUUCUAUCAACAGAUUUUCGAUUAUCUUUUGUACCAAAAAUCGAUCUUCUAUUAAAUGAAAAAGUAUUAAUUGGAACAGGUGUCACUGCUCACGAUACAUUAAGACCUUUAGCUUAUAGUAUGCUUGCAGAUCUUGUUCAUCAUAUUAGGGCAGAAUUAACACCAGCACAACUCUCACGAACAAUUUAUAUUUAUUCACGUAAUUUACAUGAUGCGACAUUAGCUCCCAGUAUUCAAACAAUGUGCGGAAAGUUGUUACUAAAUUUAAUUGAUUGUAUUAUGAAAAUCCCUGACAAAUCAGAAGGAAGAGAACUGCUAAUGCGUAUAUUGGAAGCAUUUGCUAACAAAUUUGAGGCCUUAAAUAUUCAAUUUGAUAUAUGUGUAAAACAAUAUAAAAAGAAGAAACAGUCUAAUGAUGAAAACUCGAUCGAUGCUUCAAGUAGCAACAUAUAUUCAGAUAUCACAAUAAAUAAAAAUGAUAUCAGCAACUUUGAUUUUGAUCGAUCACGGUCUAUUCACACAGCAACAUUUACUCCUGAAUCAGGUAAUGAUGGUAUAAAAGACGGUAGAUUCUUAUUUAGAAAUUUGGCUGUUGGUCUUAAACCAUUAUUUAUUGGCCUUCGACAUUGUAAUCCACCACCAUCGUUAUCCCCACCACCUGUACAAGAAAUGAAUCCACAACUUUACGCCCAAUUUGCUCGCGGCUUUUCCCAGGACGAUGUACAAUUAUUUAUUCGAUUAUUUAGAGAAGGAUUAAAAUGCUUUGAAUAUUAUAAUAUUGAUAAUUAUGGACCAGAUGGAUCUCCACCUAAUUAUCCCCCCUCUGAAGUAGAAUUGACAAAAGAUAAUUGGACUAUUGGAUCAACAGAAUCUUGUUUAAAACUUAAUGUUCAACAAAAUGGUGAAAAAGAAGUACUGGAAACUUUUCCUAUUAUUUUCACUUUAUUGGAUCCAGCUAUCUUUCAAGAAUUAUUUGCAUCACAAAUUGGAUUCUUUUAUGAACGUAUGCUUAUCAAUACUUCACUCCUUCAUUUAUCUCAGUAUUUUUUAGUCAACGAAAUUACGACUCAAGGUUUUGCUGGUAUCUUAUUCAAAUUUUUAGUAGAUAGGAUUGAACAGUUGGGUGAAGGUAACCUUCACAACUCAGCUGUGAUGCUGCAUUUAUUCCGUUUAGCAUUUAUGGCUGUCAACCUUUUCCCCGAUGCAAAUGAGAGUAUUUUACAACCUUAUUUGGCCAACAUGGUUAUGUCUUGCUUCAAAUUAGCUGCAAAAGCAAAGGAGCCUGCAAACUAUUUUUUGCUCCUAAGGGCUUUAUUUAAAAGUAUUGGUGGUGGACGAUUUGAGUUGCUCUAUAAAGAAGUUUCACCUCUGCUUGAAGUCAUCCUUGAGAACCUGAAUGCCCUUAUCUCUCUUGCCCACAAAACAGAUAUGCGUAAUUUAUUUGUAGAGUUAUGUUUAGCUGUUCCUGUGCGUCUAAGUACACUUUUACCUUAUUUACCCUAUCUAAUGCGCCCAUUGGUCAUUGCCCUUCAAGCAGAUCAAGAUUUGGUUUCCCAAGGUUUACGUACAAUGGAGCUAUGUAAUGAUAAUUUGAACCCUGAGUUCUUGGAUCAUAUCAUGGCUCCCGUCAUGACUGAAUUAAUGGAUGCCUUAUGGAAACAUUUGAAGCCUCUGCCAUACAAUCAACAACAUAGUCAUGCAGCAAUGCGGAUUUUAGGUAAAUUAGGAGGUCGUAAUCGUCGUAUGCUCAAAAGUCCUCCUAAACUUGGCUUUAAUGCACGUAUCGAAAGUGGUGUUUCGCUUGAAGUCAUAUUUGAUCCUAGUCCUACACCUCAUACAUUGCCAUUAGAUAAAUGUUUAGAAAUUGCUAUUCAUGCGCUUAAAACAUCUGAAACUGAUAUUUUUUAUAAGCGACAUGCGUAUAAUUUCUUGAAAACACAUUUAAUUCUUAUGCUGGAGUUAGAUGAAGGUCCAGAGAAUCUCGCUAGCUCAUUAUAUAAAAGAAUUAAAUCUCAAUUUAUUAACCCUAGUGAAGAUAACAGUAAAAUCAUACAAGAAGAUGACUCUAAUGAUACCAAAUCCAACAAUGAUAAUGAUGCCAUGGACACUACAGAUGAUACAAUAGCGGAAGUUCAAAAGUCAAAAAAUGAGGCAGCAACAACUUUAAUUGCACAAAAUAUAGGUCGCAUUACUGUUGAUGAAGAAAAUUCAGUUGUAGGAAAUACAUUGACUGAAUCAGGAAUGAAACCAAAGAGACUUGCGGGAAAUGGAUAUACAAAAUAUGUAUCAAAAAGAGUAGCUCAAGAGGAAGCAUUACAUUCUAUUUUAGUUUCUAUUAUGACCGCUUCUAUUAUUCCAGAACUAAGCGAGGAUGCAUGGACCUUUUUCCUCGAUAUUUGUUGUCAUUUCACAUUACUUCAUAUCGGUGAAGCCAUUGAAGCUAAAGAAAAGGGACGCAAGCCUUUAGCGAGCAUGAUGGAAGAGCGUCUGAUGGUACAACAUUUGAAUACAAUGACUUUAGUUGAAGCCAUUGUAGAAAUUAUGACAUCUUCUCAAAUACAACUUCGCAAACGUGGUGAAGAGGCUUUACGUAAAUGUUAUAAUGUGGCUGUCAGCAUUUUCGGAUCAAAAGAAUAUGUAGCUCAGUUACCUAUUUUCCGAGUAUUUGCAUCGCAAUUCUCCGCAUGUUGUUAUAAAUCUGAAUGGUUUAAAAAGAGAGGUGGUUGUCUUGGUAUCUCAAUUAUGAGCUCUCAAUUAGAUAUGGGCACAAAAUGGAUGCGUGAACAUGAACUUGAUUUUAUCCGAUCGUUGCUAUUUGUCUUGAAGGAUGCAUCGCCUGAAAUGGCUAAUGUAAAUACAGAAGAAGCUAGACAAACGCUAUCUCAUGUUCUUAAGGUUUGCAAUGGUCCUGAAGACGGUGAAUCUACGGAUGCACAACAAAAAUUCCAAAAUCUUAUCACGUUAUUACUUGGUGAAUUAUCUAAUUCAAAUAGUGUAGUUCGAGAGACAAUUCAGUCAUCGUUUCAGUUACUUGCGGAUUUAACAGGAAAUGAAGUGACAGAGCUUCUAGCCCCUGUCCGUGAACGACUUGUAGCACCAAUAUUUGCAAAACCUUUACGAGCUUUACCAUUUGCCAUGCAAAUUGGUCAUAUCGAUGCUAUAACUUAUUGUUUGACAUUACGACCACCCUUUUUAGAAUUCAAUGAUGAGCUAACCCGCUUAUUACACGAAGCGCUUGCUUUAGCAGACGCUGAAGAUCAAGCUUUAGCAAGUCGUAAUUCUCAAUAUAAAAACACAACAUCUUUAAUGAACUUGCGUAUUGUCUGUAUCAAGCUUUUAUCUGCUGCGCUUGCAUGUUCUGAUUUUUCCAGUCCACGACAAAUUCAUACUCGCGCACGUAUUAUUCAAGUAUUUUUCAAAUCACUGUAUUCUAAAUCGAUUGAAGUUGUUGAAGCUGCUCAUCGUGGAUUGAAACAGGUUUUGGCUCAACCCCACAAAUUACCAAAGGAAUUACUUCAGCAAGGUCUUCGUCCUAUUCUCACUACAUUAUCUAAUCAUAAAACACUUAGUGUUGCUGGUCUAGAAGGAUUAGCACGACUGUUAGAGCUUUUGACUCAUUAUUUCAAAGUCGAGAUUGGUAAAAAAUUACUAGAUCAUCUGAAGUUAUGGGCUGAGCCUGCUACAUUACAAGAGAUUGCAGGAAAGCCCCUGAGUGAAAACCAUGAAAUCAAGAUUAUUGUUGCUAUCCUGAAUAUUUUCUAUCUACUUCCUGCAGCCGCUCAUAUUUUCUUGGAUGAAUUGGUCACAUCUGUGUUAGAAAUGGAGAGCCAUUUGCGACGUGCUAUCUCUAGUCCAUUCAGACCCAACUUGCUUAAAUAUUUAAACCGAUAUCCUACAGAAACCAUCACAUAUUUUUAUGAAAGGCUAGAUAAUCCCCAAUGCUGUCAACUGUUUAUUGAUCUUUUAAAUAUGGAGAGUGCAGGUCGAUUACGUGAUCAAGUUGCUAAUACUUCUGAGGGACUUGUUAAUAAAAUUUUUAAGGCAUCAGAAUUAGCAGAUCAACCUUUAAACACUCCUAUUCAUAUUCACCAUUACCGUGGUAUCAUGAUUGUACACGCCUUAUUUAAAUACAACCCAGCUUAUCUUAAUCAGCAUCCAGAGGUAUUGGAAUGCUUAAUCAAGCUAUGGCGUAAACGACAAGAGGUACCAGAUAGUCCACAGCAAUGCGAAGAGCAACAACGUAGUUUAUUAAUUACUCGUGAAUUGAUCUUAUUAGCCAAGAUAUUUGUUGACUACUUGAAAAAAAACCCUGAAGAGAUUGAUAUUAUUUUCGAUUUAAUUGCCCUCUUUUCACAAAAGUCUGUUGUUGAUCUUACGUUCUUGCAUAGAUUCUUUUUAGAAGACAUUGCACUAAAAGCACCAGCAAAAUUAAAACGCAUGAUUUUUGAAAAGUUUUUGGAUAUCUUUUCAAAUAAUUCUAUUACGUCCUAUUUUAAAAUGAUGGCGUUAAGACAAGUUAUUAAUCCUGCAAUAUUAGUUGCACUUGUUAGAAAAGAUGAUGGAUAUCAUGAAAUUCUGGACACUAAUAUAAUGGAGCAAUUAGAUGAAAAGGUCUGGGCUAAUUUGAUGAUGGAGACAUCUGAAGAUAAUCAAUAUACUGAAGACUCAUUCCGUAUUGAGCUUUUACAAUUAACUGCCAUGAUUGUUCAAUAUGCUCCACAUUUGCUUGCUGAUCGUAGAAAGGAGGUCAUCAAGUUUGGAUGGAAUUAUUUACGACUUGAGGAUGCAACUAGCAAACAAGCAGCCUAUGUUUUAAUUUCUCAUUUCAUUGCUGCUUAUGAUACUCCUAGUAAGAUAGCCAUUCAAAUUUAUGCCGCCUUACUUCGUGCUCAUUCAUCAGAGGCCCGUUUACUUGUUAAACAAGGCUUAGAUAUUCUUGCUCCAGUGUUACCUCUUCGUAUUACUUCACAGACUAAUGAACGUGUUCCCACUUGGGUAAGGUUGACAAGAAAGGUAGUCGUGGAAGAUACACAUAGUAUUUCACAGAUGGUUAAUGUAUGUCAGAUGCUAAUCCGACACUCUGAACUUUUCUUUGAAUACCGUGAGCACUUCCUCCCUCAAAUUGUUAAUACGCUCCCUAAACUUGGUCUUUUACAAAAUGCUACCCCUGAACACAAACUACUAACGGUAGAGUUGGCUGAAUUAAUCAUUAAAUGGGAAAGAAAACGUUUAGAGAUUCAGAAUGAAGAAGAAUUAGAGAACACUCCUAAUUCACCGUAUAAACGUAAAAUGGAAGACGUACAGCCCAUGGAAAUUGAAGAAAACGAAAUAGAAGAAAGUCCAAGUAAAAAAACUCAAGUGCAGACGAGCUCAGGCGAAGUAAAAGCUAUGGCCUCAUCUUUUGCUUCUUCUCCUUCUUCUUUAUCCAAUAAUGAAGCCAAGUCUUUUCCAAAUAAAGAAUACUCUCCCAGCCUCACUUUACGAGAAAACGUAGUAGGUUACCUUAUCCGUCUCUCUUGUAUGAUUUAUAACCCAGCUGAUUUAAUACAUAAACGUCUUAUUCAAAGAACAAUUGAACUUGUCAAAUCAUUCUUAAAACCUGAUCUUUGGUCUGAUGUUCAUGUGCGUUUUAACCAUUUAGAGCGUUCACUUAUCUUCAAAGAGGUAAAUGAGAUGAUCACCACAAGUGUUUGUAGUGCAUUAGAGAUUCUGAAUGCAUAUAUGACGUAUCGUGAUACAGAUUGGUUUAUACAAAACAUGAAUCAGCUUUAUCGUCUUCUUGAAUCAAGUAUUAAAUCAGAAAGCUCACGUAUUCAAACUGCACUCUAUCCUGUGUUAUCACAUGUUAUUGGUGCUGUUAAUAAACAUAAAGCUACUUUGUCUGCAUCUAUGGAGACACAUACUACUUCCAAUGUAAAUCCUUCUCACGAUGAUGCUUCUGGUUCCCCCACAAACACUGAUACUCCCAUGGAUAUAAAGCCAUCCACAACUACGACACCUGUCUUACCUAACGCAUCUGCUGCUACAUCACCCGUUGAUACCACUACAGCCAUGGAAGUAGAUACUACAGUUAAAGCAGAACAAAGUAGCCAUACUACUGAAUUACUUAGUGAUAUGUCAUCAUCUCAACAACCAAUUCAUACUGAACAACCUCCUGAAGUAACCGCUAUUAUGUCAUUGAUUGAAAGCACUAUUAAUGAAGGAUUAUCUAGCAUGACUAAUAUCUAUAGUGUACUUAAACUAUUACAGGCUGCUAGUGAUAAUGACAGUGCCUAUUUAGAUCGCUAUGUUCCAGAUAUUGUUAAAUUGCUUCAACUCCUGACCAAAGAGCAUACUUUACCUUCCCUCUCAACACCCAGUAUGUCUUAUGAAUCCCAAGUAAGUCUCUUAGGACUCACUCUUUCGUUGCUCAAGAAACGAAGCGCUCAUUUAGGAGACCAACGCCGAUGGUUCUUAACUUGCUUAAUCCAAUUAAUUGAGAAAUCGCCUGAUAUUCCACUUUUGCACGACAUUUUAGGCAUGUUAAGCGAUUGGGUUCUCAACAAAGUAGAGCCUACUCCAACUAUAAAAGAAAAAGCCGGUCUACUAGGAAAAAUGAUUACGAUUGAAACAAGACAUGAUGCUAAAUUGACAGAGGAUUUUCUGAAACUUGUACUUGAGAUUUACAGUAAUUCAUCAUUUACUCACUCGGAAUUAACUGUACGUUUGGAGCAGGCAUUUUUAUUGGGUGCUCGAAAUGAAAAGCCCGAAAUACGUACCUCCUUCAUGAAGAUUUUAAACGAGAGUAUUGGUAAUUCUUUGUUUACUCGUCUCAAUUAUAUUUUGGGUGUGCAAAACUGGGAAUCUUUGGCUAAUUUCUUUUGGAUACAUCAAGCUUUGGAUGUUUUGAUUGGCUCUGUAAAGAUUGAUACACAGGUAUCUGCUCCUUAUACUUUGAAAGUUAAACCCAUUAGUAUUUUUAAUACACAUUUGGAUGAUGAUGCUGAUAAUGAUAUCGAUGUACCGAGCAAUAUAGCACAGGUCGUACACAGUCAUAGGAACUUUUUAAAGAGUCUGCAAGAUAUAUCCAUUCAAGAUUCAUUGGCUGAUAUUAGACAGUUACAAUAUUUAGAUGACAAUGUAGCAUUUAAACUUUGGAUUGACUUGUUUCCUAUUUGCUGGUCUGCUCUUUCAAGUAUUGAACGUCAUGACAUAUCCAAAGUGUUAAUUACCUUACUUUCCAAAGAUUAUCAUUCAAAACAGUCUGAAUGUAGACCUAAUGUGGUACAAGCCUUAUUGACAGGUAUCUCAGAUACAGUGACUCCAGUUCCUAUUCCUGUUCACUUAAUAAAGUAUUUGGGAAAAACUUAUAACUGCUGGCAUACAGCAAUUGAAGUGUUACAGAGACAAGCUGUAACAGGUCGAUUAAUAGACGUUUCAAAAGAAGAACAAGUUAACCAACAACGUGUUUUAGAUUCACUGGGAGAAUUAUACAAUACCCUCAAUGAAGAUGAUAUGUUUUAUGGAUUAUGGCGUCGUCGUAGCGUCUAUUCUGAAACCAAUAUGACUGUAUCUUGUGAACAGAGCGGUAUGUGGCAACAAGCACAACAAAUGUAUGAAAAUAUUCAACUGAAAACUCGUGGGAAUAUCCUGCCUAACGCUGAAUCUGAAAAUAUGCUUUGGGAGGACCAUUGGAUUUUAUGUACUCAAAAACUACAACAAUGGGAUGUUUUAUCUGACUUGGCCAAACAUGAUAACAAUUCUAGUUUGUCACUUGAAUGUGCUUGGCGAUUAUCUGAUUGGACUGCAGAGCGUGAAUCACUUGAACAAUCAUUACAACAAAUUUCAGAUCUUCCUAUUCCACGUCAAAAGGUAUUUGAAGGGUUUUUAGCAUUGAUCAAGUCCCAAACGAAUGAAGACAAGUUACCCGAAUUUAUGCGUAUUUGUGAAGAAGGUGUGCAAUUGGCUCUGCGUAAAUGGCAUUCAUUACCCGUUGUAGUGACUCAAAGUCAUUUACCAUUAUUGCAGACGUUCCAGCAAUAUUUAGAGCUUUCAGAAGCAAGCCAAAUCUUUAGUAGUUUAUCAAAUACGGAUGCCCAAAAUCUAGAUCAACGAUCAGCGGAACUUCGUAGUAUUUUAGGUACUUGGCGUGAACGUUUACCUAAUAUGUGGGAUGAUAUUAAUGUUUGGAGUGAUCUUGUUGCCUGGCGUCAACAUAUAUUCAGUGCUAUCAACCGUACAUACUUGCCAUUAAUCCCUUUGCUUCAAUCGGCAUCAGGACAAAGUAAUAAUAGUAGUGGUCAUUCAUAUGCUUAUCGUGGAUAUCAUGAGACAGCUUGGAUUAUUAACCGAUUUGCUCAUGUUGCUCGUAAACAUCAGCUUUAUGAUGUAUGUAUUAACCAUUUGACCAAGAUUUAUACACUUCCCAAUAUUGAAAUUCAGGAAGCAUUCUUGAAAUUACGUGAACAAGCAAAGUGCUAUUAUCAGAAUUCAAAUGAGCUUACUGCUGGAUUGGAUGUGAUUAACAAUACUAAUUUAAUGUAUUUCACCCACCAACAAAAGGCUGAAUUCUUUACACUUAAAGGUAUGUUUUUAGCCAAGUUGCAACACUAUAAUGAAGCGAAUGAAGCCUUUGUAAAUGCUGUUCAAAUCGAUAUGACUUUACCUCGUGCAUGGGCAGAAUGGGGACGAUAUAAUGAUCGUCGCUUUAAAGAAAAUCCUAAGGAUCUUUCAUGGGCAAACAGCGCAGUUAGUUGUUAUUUACAAGCCUCUGGACUUUACAAGAGUGCUAAGGCACGUAAGCAUCUACUACGUAUAUUAUGGUUAUUAAGUUUAGAUGAUCAAAGCGGUAUUAUUUCUCGUGCUGUUGAAAACUAUAAAGGUGAAUGGCCUGUCUGGUAUUGGAUUACAUUUAUUCCCCAAUUGUUAGCAGCUAUUCAGCAUCGUGAGGGCAGACAUGCUCGUGCUAUUCUGAUUCGUAUUGCUAAACAGUUUCCUCAAGCUCUUCAUUUUCAAUUAAGAACUGCUAAAGAAGAUAUGAUGAAGCGUGCAAGUGUUUUACAAGCAAGCUUAGCUGCUGAAGCUGCUCAACAGCAACAACGUCAGAAUAAUGCUGCAUCUGCCUCUAAUGCUGUUACAAGUACCAACACUACUACUACAAACGGAUCACAGACAUCAUCAUCAGCCCCUACUGCUGUUAAAACUGAGAAUGUAACGGCAAAAGAAAAUGCUGUAGAAAGUAUGGAUGUAGAUAAUAGUACGACAGAGAUUAAAUCCGAAGAAAAGAAAGAUAAUACAACAAAUGAAAAGUCAGAGUCAACAGGAGAAUUAAAUAAUAAUAUACAAGGAGAGGCCGAAAAAGUAAGUGUAAAAGUAGAGGACUCUAACAAAAAUUCCGUAACACAACAGCAACAACAAAAUGAAACAUCUUCUUCUUCUUCUUCUGUUCAAACUUCACAGGCUACUCAUAUUAACCCACAAUCAGCAGUUUCUCAACAGCAGCCUUCCGUUGCAAAUUCAUCAAAUACAACUAUGGGUACUACUCCAGCUCCACAUAUUACAAUUCCUGGUGCAAGAGGACCAUUACCUACUCAAAUUAAUCCAGCUAUUGCAGCAGCUAGUCCAUUUGAUGAAAUUAUGUCCAUGUUGAAAACUGGAUAUCCUUUAUUAGCAUUGACUAUGGAAACUAUGGUUGAUCAAAUUCAGUUGAAAUUUAAGCCUCAACCAGAUGAAGAUAUGUAUCGAUUAGUAGUUGCUUUAUAUAAUGAGGCCAUACAGCAAUUGUUAUCCCGAUUAAUAAAUCCUAAUGAUACUUUACAGUUGACGCAUACAACUGUAGCCAAUAUUCAUCGAUUUGCCGAAAGCCUUUAUCCUGGACUUUUGAAGACAGCAUUUGUAAAUGAUUUUGCAAAAAACAGAUUAAAUUUAGAAGAAUAUGUAGCAAAAUUGAGAGUUUGGCGUGAUAAAUUUGAAGCUAUGUUGGAUGCUAGACCUCGUAAACAAAAAUUGGAAGCAGUUAGUCAUUAUCUUGUCGAGUUUCAACAUCAGAAGUUUGACGAUAUUGAAAUCCCUGGGCAAUAUUUAAUGCUCAAAGAUAAUGCAAAUGACUUUUUACGUAUUGAUCGUUUCUUACCAGAGGUUGAAGUCAUUCGAAGCUAUGGUAAUUGUUACCGUCGUUUAAUUAUUCGAGGAAAUAAUGGUACAUUACAUCCUUUUAUUAUUCAAAACCCUGUGGCCCGCCAGUUCCGUCGUGAAGAACGUUUAAUGCAACUUUUCCGUAUGUUAAAUUAUAUUCUUGAACGUCGCAAAGAGAGUCGUGUACGUAACUUGGCUUUCCAUCUACCUGCCAUUAUACCUCUUGCGCCAAACGUAAGAAUGGUGCAAGAUGAUCCAUCGUAUACUUCUUUAUACGACAUUUAUGAAGAUCAUUGUGAUAGUAUUCAUAUGCAUAAGGAUGAUCCACUAGUUUACUUUGUAGAGAAAUUCAAGAGUAAUAAUAAUCCUCAAGGAGAUGUGGUAAAUCAAAAGACAGAGUUGCUUAAUUUACGUAUGGAAAUCAAUGAUUAUAUCUCGACAAAUAUGGUGCCAUCUAAUAUAUUAAGCAAAUAUUUAUUCAAGACCAUGAGCUCAUACACAGACUAUUGGAUGCUACGUAAGCGCUUCACUGCACAAUAUGCCACUGCAACCUUUAUGGUUUAUAUCUUUAGUGUUGGACAUCGUAUGCCUCAUAAAAUCAUGAUUUCCCGAAAUACAGGAGAUGUUUGGAUGACAGAAAUAUUACCAGGUUGGAAUCCAGCAAAUCCCUUAUUUGGUAAUGGUGAAGCAGUUCCUUUCCGUUUUACUCCUAAUAUCCAAGAAUUCAUUACGCCUAUUGGUAUUGAAGGUUUAUUUACGUCCUGUUUAAUGGCUACGGCCCGUUGCUUGACAGAACCUGAAUUCCAAUUAGAUCAAUAUUUAUGCUUAUUCGUACGUGAUGAACUUGCUACCUGGCACUUGGCUAAUCAUCGCUCUGUCAAUGAUACACAAUUCCGAGAAAGAAUUAAUACCAAUAUUCUUCAAGUACAAACAAAAGCUCAGUUUUUAUCUUGUAAGGCAGAUUGUGAAAAGACAUUAAGCGCAGGAAAACCCAUCAAUCAAAAUGUGAUUGAUUUAAUAUCUCAAGCUAGUAACCCUCAAAAGAUGGCUCAAAUGGACUGUACUUGGAUGCCAUGGUUAUAAAGCUAUUCUAAUUUAUAGAUAAACACACACACACACACCAUUGUAUAUAUACAUAACAAAAAAAAAAAAAAGGAAAUGAAAAAGAAAAGGGGUCUUUUUUAUUUUAUUUUUAUAUUCUUUUUUUUUAAAUAAAUACUAAUAAUCAUGUUUUAAAGAGGAAAAUGUUCAUAAUAUAUUACGUACAGAGAGAGAAGGAUGCAAAAAAAUGAUGACAUUGAGUACUAAGGCUUUAUAUGUAAAUGUCUUAUUAGUUAAUAUUAGCGUUUUGAUUAAUAUAAUUAUUGUUCGUAGUAGUGCUUAAGAGACCACUACCCAAGAGACCCGUAAG